AUGGCACAGGGAAGAAGCAGUGCAAUGGGCUUGGUGGCUUUGGUGCUUGUGGUUUUUGGGCUAUUGGAACUUAGCACGGCGACCACUUACACGGUGGGUGACAACGGAGGCUGGACUUUUGGCGUAUCUGACUGGCCAAAGGGAAAGAAGUUCGUGGCAGGAGAUGUGCUUGUGAUGACAUCUUCCUCUAUAAGAGAAGUUAGAGAGCUAUCAGAGGUGAUGGGAAAAACAGGACUUGAGGGACCAGAUGCAUCAAGUGCAUCCCAUAUCGGUGGUUUAUGUGGAGUUGAUGAAUUAGAAGAUGAAGGAGUUUGUAUAUCAAGCUCAUAA